GCCCAAAACAUUUCAUCUUCCCGCCAAAAUCAAACCCUAAAUAACCAAACAAUUUCUUCCCCAAAAUUCUGUAGCCCAAAACUCCUGUUUCACUCUACAGAUUUACAGUUAUCAAUGGCGGAAGGUGAAGAGAUUCACACAGAAACCGUCCAAUCAAGUAUACCAACCGGCAGAGUGAAACGGAUUAUGAAACUCGACAAAGAUAUCAACAAAAUCAACGCCGAUGCCCUAUUCCUAAUCUCGAACGCCACCGAGCUUUUCGUCAAGUUCUUGGCCGAGAAAUCAUCGGAGGUUGCAGUUGAGAAGAAAAGGAAGACAAUAAAGCUGGAGCACCUUCGAAUCGCCGUUAAGAGACACCAGCCGACUGCUGAUUUCCUUCUCGAUUCACUUCCAUUGCCGCCGCCACCAGCGGCGGCUCAGACAUCAUCGAAACCUGAUCGACCUCAUAAAAGGAGUGAUAAUAACCCUGUUCCUGUUGGCACUCGUCGGAUCGACAGUUUCUUCCAGAAAGAACCUUAGGGUUUAGUAGAACUUGUCAGUGUUUGCUUUAUCUCCAGAAAACGAGUUACGCUUAUCGGAUCUGUAUGUAUCUCUUCCUUUACAAACUAAAAUUUCUACUUGAUUAACCUUAUUCGCUUUCUAGAUCACUGUAAAAUGCUCCAUUACAGAUUAUCAAUGGCUCGAUUCUCAUCAA